AUGGCUUCCACAACCUCAUCAAUCGCCGCCCUAGCUCUCCCUGCUCACCCUUCUCCUCAACCGGCGCACGCUAGAAAACACGCGCCGGUGGCGCUUCCGACGCGGAGGCACUGCCUGGUGCUGCUCACGGCCGCCACGGCGGCGCUGACGGCGGUUGAGAUGCCCGCCGGAGCGCAGGACAUACCGCUCUUCGGGCUGCGGCGGGGCCUGCGCAAGGCGGAGGAGGAGGCGGAGCAGAUCGUGAAGGAAGGGUUCGAGGCGGUGGACAGGGGAAUGGUGGCGGCGGAGAAGGGGAUCGAGGCGGCCGAGAAGGGGGUCGUGACGGCGGAGAAAGAGAUCGAGUCGGCGGAGAAGGGAAUCGAGGAGGCGGUGAGCUUUGGGGGCCUGGCACAGGCCAGUGCCGUCGCCGGCGCGGAGGUGGUCGGAGUACUGGUCGCCACGUCUGUCGUGAAUGGGAUUCUAGGGCCGGAAGCUCGGAAAUCAUGA